AUGAGCAACGACAGCGAUCCCAGCGCGGGGGAGCAGAUAUGGUCGUGCACCACGGGCUCCGGCGGCGUGGUUGACUCCAACAGCAACUGCUACAACACCACCAUCGAUGCCUCCCAGAUCGUGUUUGGCCUUGCCAUCAACUCAGCCAUCGGCAUCCUCUGCUACAUCGGCUUUGUGCUGUGGCGCGGAGAGUUCAGAGUCUACUUCAACCGCUUGGUUAGCACGGCGGUGCCCGAGGCGCAGCGCCCGCCCCCGCUGAAGCUGGGCGGGCACCACCACCUCUGGAGCUGGCUCAUCCCUGUGUUCAAGCUGUCGGAUGGGGCACUGCUGGAAUCCGCGGGCCUGGACGCCCUGGUUGCGCAGCGCAUCCUGGGCUUUGGCUGCCUGGCACUGCUGCCGCUCACCAUCCUGGGUGUGGGAGUCCUGAUCCCCGUCAACUACACCAGCUACGUGCCCGCCACCCAGACCAGCUCCUUCACCGACGGCAACACCACCACCAACUCAACCACCUCUAUCAAUGAUGAUUUCCUGAGGAUGACGAUGAGCGCUGUGCCCUUCGGCUCCCACGUCCUGCUGUGA